AUGGACAUGAUUGAAAACAUCGCCAACAAGGCGUCCCAGAUCACCAUGUACGACCUCAAGUCGUACUACAACCAGGCCAAGAACGCCGUCCUUAACAUCCCCGAGAUGGAGGCUAAAGUCCGCGAGGCGACCAACGAAGACGCCUGGGGCGCCUCGUCGACUCUGAUGCAGGAGAUUGCCCAGGGCACGCACAACUACCAGCACUUCAACGAGAUCAUGCCCACCAUCUAUUCGCGCUUCAUGGAGAAGGAGGCGCGGGAAUGGCGUCAGAUCUACAAGGCUCUUUCCCUCCUCGAGUACCUGAUCAAGCAUGGCAGCGAGCGUGUGGUCGACGACGCGCGUGCUCAUAUCUCUACGAUCAAGAUGCUCAGAAACUUCCAGUACAUUGACGAGAAGGGCAAGGACCAGGGCAUCAACGUCCGCAACCGCUCGAACGAGAUCGCCGCGCUCCUGGGUGACGUCGACAAGAUACGCACCGAGCGCCGUAAGGCCCGCUCCAACCGGUCCAAGUACCAGGGCCACGAGGGUGGCAUGUUCAACACUGCCACUGGGAGCCGGUACGGCGGGUUCGGGAGCGAGUCCUACGUCCCAGGCGGUGGCGGCAGCGGUGGUGGUGGUGGCUACGGCGGCGGUUCGGGCUCCGGCUCGGGCUCACGUUACGGCGGGUACGGCAACGACGACGACUACCGCGGGUCGAGCGCGCGCGCGAGCUCGUCCCAGCAGCGCCAGGAGUAUGACGAGUACGAGGGAGCCGACGACUUUGACUCGCGCAGGCCGAGCAAUGGUAGCGGCGGGGCGAGCGCACAGGCGUCGCGCCCAACGCAGGCCCCGCCUAAGCCGCCCAAGGACGAGCCGAAAAAGCAGCAGAAGCAGCCCGAGGUGAACCUCUUUGACUUUGACGACGAGCCUGUGGCUUCAGCAGCCCAGCCUGCGGCGCCUGCUGCUGCCCCUGUGGACGCGUUUGGUGACGACGAUUUUGACGACUUCCAGAGUGCUGCUCCCUCUGGCCCUGUCCCAACAUCUCCCGCCGCUGCAGCGCCUGCUGCUCCCUCGGGUGGUGCCAACGCCAACCUCUUCGCAAUGCUCAACGCGUCGUCUCAGCCUCUGUCCCCAACGUCUGCUGCUUCGACCUCGGCUGUUGCGCAGACACAGCCGUCGUUCGGUGGCAUGUCCGCCAUGGCCUCGCCCCAGAGGCAACAGCCUAUGGGCGGAAUCGGCAUGGGUGGCAUGAGCAGCGGCAUGGGUGGUGGCCUGGGCGGCAUGGGAGGCAUGUCCGGUGGCAUGACUGCCAAGCCAGCCUCCCCGCCUGUCCAGGCUCCCAAGAAGACGGGCGCAUCGGCCUUUGACGACCUGUUCACGGCCUCGCUUGGUGCACCCAGCAAGGGACAACAGGGCGGUGGCCAGAAGACGAUUGCCCAGAUGCAGAAGGAGACGACGAACGCUGGGCUGUGGGGCGCUCCCAAGCCUGCAGGCCAGCAAACCCAGGCCCAGCCUGCGUCGUCGUCUGGCUCUGGCGACCUCCUCGACCUCCUGUAG